UCCCCUUCAGGACGCUCCUCGUGAGCGGUACCCAGAGGCGAGGUCGAGACACGCCUGGGAGCCCUCACCCCCGCCCCCGUUUCCUGGGGACGCGGCCUCCGAGGGCUUCUCGGAGGAGGUGGCGGCCUUGGCCUCGGGCCUGCCGGGGGCGGGAAGGGAGGCCGACUCCCUCAGCCGCCCGCCGAGCCCAGACCAGGGAAAUUUGGACACAGACACACACACAGAGAGGAUGGCUGCACGAAGACAGAGGCCGAGAAGGAUUGCUGGCAACCACGAGAAGCUAAAAGAGGCGAGGAAGGGGCUUCAGUGGAGCGGGGGCCUCCCAGCACCUGGAUCUUGGACUUCUGACCUCCAGAACCAGGAGAGAAAAAUGUGUGUUGCUUAAAGGCCCCGAUUUGUAGUCCUUGUUAUGGCCGCCCCAGGAAGCCAUACAGAAGGUCUGAUAGUCAGGUGCCCUUGGUGAAGCUGCAGAAGUGAGAACACCACAGGUGGCUGCUGUGCUUCUUAUUUCACAAGAAAAACUAAGCAGGGUCUUGAAGCAGGUCACAGAUUGGCUGCUCCAGGCUGGCCUGGGCUCACAGGGGGCUCUUUGCAUUUCCCUUAGCUCCUCUGUGCCCUGGGGAUGGCGGCCAUUCUUCUGACCACGAGACCCAAGGUGCCAGUAUCUUUUGAGGACGUGUCCGUGUACUUCACAAAGACAGAAUGGAAGCUUCUGGACCUCAGACAAAAGGUCCUCUACAAGCGGGUGAUGCUGGAGAACUAUAGCCAUUUGGUGUCACUGGGAUUUUCCUUCUCCAAGCCUCACCUGAUCUCUCAAUUGGAGCGAGGGGAAGGACCCUGGGUAGCAGACAUCCCCAGAACCUGGACCACCGCAGGAUUGCACAUAGGUGACAGAACACAGAGCAAGACUUCGACUUCAACGCAGAAGCAUUCUGGACGACAACUCCCCGGGGUAGAUUCACAAGGUGGCAAGGAGGGGCAGGAGGCGAGGUCGUCUGUGCUCCAGAGAGGUUCCCAGGGCUUGGGGCCAAGCUCGGCCGCGGGGCCGCAGGGCCCCAAAGGCGCAGAGAAGCGGUACCUGUGCCAGCAGUGCGGGAAGGCCUUCAGCCGCAGCUCCAACCUCAUCAAGCACCGUAUCAUCCACAGUGGCGAGAAACCUUACGCGUGCCGUGAGUGCGGCAAGCUGUUCCGCCGCAGCUUCGCGCUCCUAGAGCACCAGCGCAUCCACAGCGGCGAGAAGCCCUACGCCUGCCCCGAGUGCAGCAAGACCUUCACGCGCAGCUCCAACCUCAUCAAGCACCAGGUCAUCCACAGCGGCGAGCGGCCCUUCGCCUGCGGCGACUGCGGCAAACUGUUCCGCCGCAGCUUCGCGCUCCUGGAGCACGCGCGCGUGCACAGCGGUGAGCGGCCCUACGCGUGCCCCGAGUGCGGCAAGGCCUUCAGCCGCAGCUCCAACCUCAUAGAACACCAGCGCACGCACCGCGGCGAGAAGCCCUACGCCUGCCGCCAGUGCGCCAAGGCCUUCAAGGGUGUCUCGCAGCUGAUCCACCACCAGCGCAGCCACAGCGGCGAGCGCCCCUUCGCGUGCCGCGAGUGUGGCAAGGCCUUCCGUGGUCGUUCGGGCCUCAGCCAGCACCGGCGCGUGCACAGCGGUGAGAAGCCCUACGAGUGCAGCGACUGCGGCAAGGCCUUCGGCCGGCGCGCCAACCUAUUCAAGCACCAGGCAGUGCACGGCGCCAGGCGCCCCGCGAAAGCGGAGACCGCGCGGCGGAGAGCGGGCCCUGGGAGCGGUGGCCCUGGGAGCGCGCUGGCGGCCAGCAGCCCCCCGCGGCCGAGCGCGGCCGCCAGGCCUUCGAGGCCCAGUCGCCGCUGACUCCCCAUGGGGCCGGUCUGCGUGGGGGGCCUUCUUGGGGACGUCGAGGCUCAGCCCCCUUCAGAUGGGAAGACUGCCCUCCCAGGGCCUCGAUUUCGGCCACAGCCCUGACCUCUUUGGUCAUCAGAAGACCACAGGCAGAGCCUCACCCUGAAGUUGAGAAACGCAGGAAGGACCCAAAACCGAGGACUGCCGCCUGCCCUGGCUCCUCCAUUAACGGCAGUGCGGGCUGGGAAUGGAGGCCCUCUACUCCCUCCUGAGUCCUGGGCCUUGCAACUGAGGCAUAGAGACGGCACCUGGGCCACUCGUCCCUGAGCCACAGGUACUAUUGUGUGUGUACAGACGUGUGUGGAGGGGAUGCACGAACCACCCCCCGAUUUGCAUCAGAAUCGCCUGCUGCGGGUAGCGGGGAGGCCGCGUGAGGCCAGUGAGGCCAGCCAGCCGGGGGCACGCUGGCUUUGAGUUAUAGAGGAGUGGUCCAUUUCCUCCCUGGGGGUCGUUCCCCUCGUCCUAAGAGUUGUUAGUGUUCCCAGGUAGAAGCUACUGAAAGCACUUUAAUCCUUUAAGCGCUUAUAUUGAGGUGGAGGAGGCGCUAAAGUUAGCACAGAGGCAAGAGACUCCCUGAAUGUGGGUACAGGAUGGGGGGCUGUGCCGGAAAACUCCCGCCUUGUCUGGGUGCCCCCAGCUGCUUCUGGAAGGAGGAGUAGCGCCCAGGCCCCAUCAUGCCUGAGCACCUGUGGUUCUGGGAAUGGCUAGCCCAGGCCCUGCAGAGAGGAUAAGACCCUUCAGGUCACUCACAAUUGGACAUUUGUAGCUAGCCACCCUGCUGCUGACUUUGGUUUCCCCCCUGCCCGCCCACUACCUUCUGCCCCCCAGACCCCACCAGCAAAGGCCACCCUGGCCUCUCUGUCCCCUGUCCCCCUGCCCCGCCCCACCACCAGUGCCUAAAGCUUCACACUUACCUGCUCCUCCCCAUCAGGCAGCCUCUCUUGUGGCUGGUGACGAUUAGGAGGAAAGCCAGACGGGUUAGGAAUUUGCACUUAGGCAACAGAGCAAGCCCAGGAACAAAUCUUUCAUCGAAUGUCUUUUGCGUGGCAUUUUGUAGAAUAUUGGACAUUCCGUUGCUUUGAAUGUUUUUGUAUUCAGGGGUAAUGUACUUUGAAAAUAGAGAUUUUGCCAUAUCGGAGUAUCAGGGAAUCACUGCCUAAAUAAGAGUUCCCCCAGCCCUCUGAGAAGACCUCAGGCAGGAGAAAGGGGGCCACUCCAGGCCUGCCCCCCAAACCGAUGAGUGUGGUGGCAAGCCUGACCCCUCUUCUCCCUACAAUGAUGCAGUCCACCCCUCUUCCCCUUAGCCCUGCAGAAACAGGGCAGACCCUUCAAAUGGCACUUUACUGAAAGCCAAGGGGAAUUCUCAAGGAAAAGGCUCGGGGCUGGCAGAGGCAGCUGCUGGCAGGCCUUAUCCUAGUCCCCCAGCACUGUCCCCAGAGCUGGGCUCACAAGCUCUGCCCCUUGGUGCUCUCAGCCCAGCGUCCUGGUCAGCGGCCACCUCCUUCCAGCCCUGUCCCCUCCCAGGGGAGAGAGGGUUUGUCAUUCACAAGGCCUGAGGGCAGGUGGGUGGUAGGUGUGGUGGAGGUGGAGGAGGUUCAAAGACAGCUGGCUCCUAUCAGGAGAGUGUGGGAAGACCGAACAUACAGGAUUCCCUCGGAGAAUACUGCUUGGAGUGCCAGUCACUAGGACAACUCCAGAAAUGUUAUACACACACACACACACACACACACACACACAGGUUUUAUAUAUAUAUAUAUAUUUUUUGAAAACUUCUAGAGUUCUUGUAAGUUGCACUUAUACCGUAGCGUCCUUCAGCAGGUCCCUGUCCCCUGUCCUGUGAUUGUGUUCUUGCCUGCAAGCCUGUCUCAUAAGCCCACAAGUGUGUGUCAUGCCUGUCCCCGUGUCCUUGAUGCCAGGCCCAGUGCUGGUAAUCAGUAAGCAUGAGUGAAAUGGAUCUUGCAGUCCUAACACCUCAGACUCAGGCUUGGGACCAUCGUCGGCUCCAGCCUUGCCUUGAGGCAAUCGGAAGCAUCUACGACUUUGGAUUUUCCAGAAAAAGAAGUAUUAGGAAUGGUGUAUUUGAGGUCCCUGAUGAGGCCAUUGGGAAGUCUGGGUUUUUCUGCUGUGCAGUCUUUGCAAGGGCUGGCAUGGGUCCAGGAACACAAUCCUCAUGCAGAGUAGGUGCCCGUGGCAGGAGGCCAUGCAAUGGCCAGCUUUCACUAAAGAAGAGUCGACUCCUUAGUAUCUUGCCAUGCUGUUGGUUCUGAUGCAUAAGCAGACUCUGUUUUUAACAGAAGCUCCUUUUUUUUCCGCCUCAGGACCUGCGCCCAAGACUGACUAGAUACAAGCAGGACAAGGUACAGGAGUUUUCAACAGAAAGUGGAGUUGCCAGGAGAUAUGCUGGGCACUUGCACUGUGACUUUGGAGUGCCCAGAAAAGCUCCAGGGUCCCCAGUGCUUACUUAGAUAAAUGGCAUUUAAAAUAGUGAAGCCUUUUAUCAUUGCUUGGUCUAAUUUAGCUCCUCUUAAUGACAUUCUUACUGAAAGGUGGUCAUUGCUAUCAUUUUCUUUUGGGUGUGGCAGUUAGGUAUGCCACGUGAACUGAACGGGUUUCACAUGGAAUUAAAGUCAGAAUGUCCGAAAAGGACAUUUGUGUUUUUCCUUCAAUGGUGCCUUGAAAUUGGGCUCCCUCCCUCUCGCUAUGUGGGGAACUGGGAGGGUAACCCAUGCUUGCUUUGUGAUGGACAGCUAGAAUGUAAAAGCUUAAACUAUCGGGAAAGUCUGGCCUGUUUUCCAAGGCUUCCUCCAGCCCGCCACCCAAGAACUUUCCUGGAUGCCAACCUGGAUCCCCUUUGCCUUUGGGCUUUUUGCCCUUUGAAACUGUGAAUGCUUCAAGAGCCACAUAAAUGCUCUGGCAGUGUCUCCAUGUAACUAGUAACUUGUCCUGGCUGGAUUCGUUGUGAAAUGGAAUUGUUCUCAUUUACUUUGGUUGCAAGUAAGGAAGGUCUGUGAGCAUUGGCCUGGAAAUGAGCCCUCUAGUGUAGAGGGGCUAUUCUGAGGGUUUAAACUACAUGGGAAGACAUUGGGUUCAAGGUUAUAGGAAAGGCUGUAAGCCUGGGAUUGUGGGAAAUGGCCAGAGCCGGGCCUUGGGUGUUCCUUGGGGGGUCCCUGUGAAGGUGAGACAGAAAGGCCUUGUGGGUGAACUGCCUCGGGUCAGCCCAGGAGUGCAGGCUUCUCUGGUACCACUGGCAGCCACCCGAGGCCACUCAGACACCAUGACUCUGAGACCAGAGGGAAGGGAGGCUGGACCUAAUCCCCUGUGUUCCCCAGCAAAGUGCCACAUCAGUCUCCUGAGAACACAGCUGUGUGUUCUUUCCAGUCGUUUCUGUUUCCAGACUUCAGGCAACAUGACAGCUCCCACACUUACCAGUGUAGUUACAAGGGCAGCUCUGGAGACAGAAGUGGAGGUAGAGGGAAAGGAAGGGAGUCCUUGGCUGGGAAUUACUUGGGUUGGGACAGGCAGGGAAGAAGGGAAAGUAUGAGGUGUGUUCAGGGAAGCUUAGAAGGGCAGAGAGGUUUUGGUAGGACAUGUAUGAGCUAAAAGGUCAGUUAGAACCAGAGUGUGGUGAGUCUGGGAUGCCAUAUACAAAAGUCUGGGCUCUAACAGGCUCCUGAUGAGGAGCAAUUUUCCAAAACAUGAAAGAAUUAUUCUAAGAAUGACAAAGGGAAGUUAAUGUAAAUUGUGACUACCACAGGGUUUGAAUUUACACACUGACCACCACAGAUUUUAUAACUGUAGUCGUCCGGAUGAUUGUGGUGCCCAUGAGGUGUUGGGCUGGGGGCAUGAUGAGGCUGAGGCAGCAUGAGAGGGGACAGCUUUGACACAAGGGCCCCAGCCACGUGUCUCAGGGGCUCCCACUUGCCAUGGAACUUGCAGCUGGUUCCAUCUGAUGCCAACCCCAGUGCACCUGUCACUGUCUUCACAAAACGGGGGUCCUCCAGGAGUUCUGGACAGCUGCUCUGCAGAUUCUUAUACACCUUUAAUUGAAGUCCUUGGACUUUUGAGAGGAGCGCAGUGCCCUCCUUUUGUGUUCAGGAAAGCCAAACGAGAUCCUUCUCCACUACCGGGGAAUAUUCAUGUGGGAAAUGGAGGCCUGCUGCAGACCUGAAGGUCAGUGAUUGUUUAAUCUUUCUUUGACAGCAUUAUGAAGGUAUAGUGGGUAUACAAGAAACUGCACGUCUUUAAAGUGUACAGUUGGAGGGUUUGGGGCAUGUGUGUACACCCAUGAAACCUCCCCCAUAAUCGAGACAGUGAAUUGAUCCACCACUCCCAAAAGUGGCCUUGCGCCCCCAGCAACCCCUCUUUCCUGCUCCUCACUGUCCCCCAUCUGAACUGCCACUGCUUGGCUUGCUGUCACUAUAGAUUAAUUUCCAUUUUCUAGAAUUCCAUAGAAAUGGACUCAUACAGUGUACGUCUGGCCUCUUUCACUCAGCACAAUUACUUUUUCGUCAGAUGUUUUUGUGCAUGUCAAUACUUCAUAUUUUCAUUGUUGGUAGGAUCCCAUUGUAUGGGUGGACCACAAUACCUGUUGAAUGCCUGUUGAUGGACAUUUGGGUUGUUACCAGGUUUUGGCCAUGACAAAUAAAGCUACUGUGAACAUUUGUGUACCA